CAAUUUCUCUUCUUUUCCUCAUAUUUUUUCGUGUUAGGGUUAGGGCUUUUACUUCGUAUCGUCUUCUUCAAUUCACUGUUAGAGUUUCUGCGGCUUACUGGAACGCUUCAUCGAUCAAUCCUUACUUCGGAGUGUUAACGUUCAUACAACAUGCCUGAUUUAGUGAUCAAGGUGAAGUAUGGGGAUACACUUCGACGCUUUUCUGUGUUCGUUCAGGAAGAUGGCUCCGUGGAUCUCAACAUGGCCCUAUUGACGGCAAAGAUCUUUAAUCUCAUUAAGUUUGCUCCUGAUGCUGAUCUUAACCUCACAUAUAUUGAUGAAGACCAAGAUAGUGUAACACUUGUUGAUGAUGAUGACCUGCAUGAUGCCUUUAGGCAGUGUCUCAAUCCGCUGAGAAUAAAUAUAUUGCGGAAUGGUACUGGAAAUGGAAGAUAUGACACAAAAUCUAGUGGAAGUUCAACCCCUAAGAGAUCACCCUUCAUCCAGGGACCUUCAUUCGCAAACAUCAAUUCUGCUAUUACUGAAGUCAUGAAACCUGUACCAGAGCCAUUCCAUGAUGUACUCUCAAAGCUCUCUUAUGAUUUGGCUGCAAAGGCUGCAUCCUCUGUUCCACUGAUGACUGAGCUUGUUGAGUGCUUGUCAAAGUUAGGACUCAAUAACCUGAAUUCAGUUUCCCAGUGUAAUGAUGAUGCACAUUCAAGCACACAGGGUGUGGCUGCUGAGAACCCUGUUGGCUUCAGAGUGGCUGAGGAUCUGGAAUCUUUAAAUAAAUCAGCACAUGUUCAGAUUGCUAAAGUUUCCAACGCAAACUUAGCAGAUGAUAAAAAAGAGUGUGACAGUUGUAAUAUUACCAGAGGUGUGGGGACCUCAGUUCCUAAACCUGCUACUUCUGUGGAUCUUAAUCUGGAUCCAAGAGAUUCUAUAGCAUCAGGAUUUUCGGCUACUGGUUUCACUGUUCCUGCAGCUUUGGGACAUAAUGAUAUCAGUGGCAAAGGAAAGGACAUCCAGAAUGAGCAUAUUGGUAAUCUCAGUGGGAAGCCAGUUGCUUUUAGAAGCGCAUUUUAUACAUUACCUGAUCAUCAGGUGCAUAUUAGCCCCCAUCCAUCUCAAGCUUCAAACACAGCCAAGCUACCUCUCUCAGCAAUUAAUACCCAAGGUGGUUCAAGUGUCUUGGGUGGAGACAACAACAACAAGCAACUUCCUACUGGUUUUCGGCAUUCUUCUGUAUCACAGGUUGGUUUCAAUCCCCAGAGCAAAUGCCCAUUCAGGGGGGAGAGUGGAGUGGAAUCCUCUGAUGUUGUGCCUUCUGGUGGGUACUAUCGUUAUCACCCAUCAAAAAGGAGCGGCAGAAUCUUCCACAAGGGUGUUAGGUGCGAUGGUUGUUUUGUGUAUCCAAUAACAGGCCCUCGGUUCAAGUCGAAAAUGAAAGAAGAUUAUGACCUGUGCAGCAUCUGCUACUCAGAAAUGGGCAACAAGGAUGAAUAUAUUAGAAUGGAUCGUCCAAUGCCAUUCCGGUCUCCACGGUUAUUUAAAAAGCUCUAUGAUCCUCGCCAUCGGUUUCCAGAACCAUCGUUACCACACAUGAUGCAAGUUUGUAAGGUGAAACCAUGCCGACAAAAGCUUGACAGUUGCUUCGUUGAAGAUGUGAAUGUUAUCGAUGGAACUAUGAUGGCCCCAGAAACACAAUUUACUAAGAUAUGGCGUAUGCGGAACAAUGGUACUAUUGCUUGGCCCCGUGGAACACAUCUUGUAUGGAUUGGGGGGGACCAGUUCAGUGAUAAAGUUUUGGUGGAGUUGGAGAUUCCAGUGGAUGGCAUCCCUGUGGAUAAAGAACUUGAUGUUGCUGUUGAUUUUAGAGCUCCUCAACUCCCCAAUGGUUAUGUGUCAUACUGGAGGAUGGCGUCACCAUCAGGCCAGAAAUUCGGGCAGCAAGUUUGGGUCCUCAUCAAGGUAGAUGCUUCUUCUCAAGAGGGCUCAAUUGCUAGUAGUUUUCAUGGCUUGAACUUGAACUUGCCCCCCGAAUGCAGUGGGGCAAAGGGAACCGAGAUCAUUGAUGUGAAUGUUGAGCCGGCAGAUAGUAGCUCUCUAGGGACUGGACGCUCUACCGUUGAGAUGGAAUUAGUGAGGCCUGUCUUAGACAAACACCCAAGCAAGGAUCAAGCACUUGAGUUCCCUGUAAAUGACAGCUUACUUGUUGGCAGUUGGGUUUUUGGUCCUGUCAAUCCAGGAAUACCUGCUUCAGUAUCUUAUCCAAUCAUUGAUAUCUCCGAAGGGCUUUCUGAACCUUUUUCAUUGAUGGAUAUGGAAACAUCAGCUGGAGAGUCUGAGGCUGAAGUUGAAAAAACCCUUCUGAAGGAGCUUGAAGAGAUGGGUUUCAAGCAGAUUGACUUCAACAAGGAAAUCUUGAGGAUGAACGAGUAUAACAUGGAGCAGUCUGUUGAUUAUCUCUGUGGUGUUGCAGAGUGGGAUCCAAUCCUUGAGCAGCUGCAGGAGAUGGGAUUCUGCGACAGAGAGACAAAUAAGAAGUUGCUGAUUAAGAAUGGUGGAAGCAUCAAGCGGGUUGUCAUGGAUCUUAUUGCAGGAGAGAGCCGAGUAGAAACCUCUCCACCUGCCUUUUAAUGUAGAUAGCUAGUAUCAGGGACGAUGAAUGUCUUAUGUGUUAAUUUGGAAACAUUUGAAGCUGGUGUAUAAAGGAUGUUGAUGUUUCUGUUUAUUCUGCAUUUAUGAAGAAACUUGGGAAGUUAUUAAACAUGACCUAAUUGGUGAUCUAGUAAGGGACAUUUUCAUUUUAGUAGAAAGAUAUUUAUAUAGUGGU